GGAGAGGAAGUUGAGGGAACGAGGGUGCGCGUUCUCUUCUCGCGAGACUUGCGGGCGACCAUCUUGCUCGGACUCGGGUAGAAUACUUCGUCCAGGUCACCGGGACCCCAGGACCGCCGAGCCUGCCCUCGCUGACCAUGCUGUCUCGGGUGGUGUUUUCUGCAGCCGCCGCAGCGGCCCCCUCCCUGAAGAACGCCGCCCUCCUCGGUCCCGGGGUUGUGCAAGCAACAAGGAUCUUUCACACUGGGCAGCCAAGUCUUGCCCCUGUACCACCUCUUCCUGAAUAUGGAGGAAAAGUUCGUCUUGGACUGAUCCCUGAGGAAUUCUUCCAGUUUCUUUAUCCUAAAACCGGUGUAACAGGACCCUAUGUGCUCGGAACUGGGCUUAUCUUAUAUUUUCUAUCCAAAGAAAUAUAUGUGGUUACUCCAGACACCAUCUCUGCUGUAUCAACAAUAGGGUUGCUUGUCUAUAUCAUUAAAAAAUAUGGUGCCUCUAUUGGGGAAUUUGCUGAUAAACUCAAUGAGCAACAAAUUGCCCAACUAGAAGAAGCGAAACAGGCUACCAUGAAAGGCAUCCAGGAUGCAAUUGAGCUGGAGAAGUCCCAGCAGGCACUGGUUCAAAAGCGCCAUUACCUUUUUGAUGUCCAGAGGAAUAACAUUGCUAUGGCCUUGGAGGUUACUUACCGGGAACGGUUGCAUAGAGUAUACAAGGAGGUCAAGAAUCGCCUGGACUAUCAUAUCUCUGUGCAGAAUAUGAUGCGUCGGAAGGAACAAGAGCACAUGGUGCAGUGGGUGGAGAAGCAUGUGGUACAGAGCAUCUCUGCACAGCAGGAAAAGGAGACAAUUGCCAAGUGCAUUUCAGAUCUAAAACUGCUUGCAAAGAAGGCUCAAGCACAGCCAAUUAUGUAAAUGCAUCUAUCCCGACUGAGACAGCUAGAAACACUUGAGUGACGGACUGGAAACUAGGCUGUGACAAAAGCUUUCUGUAUCGCCAUCUGCUGGAGUUACAGUUUACCCCACUUAAAAAUGAAAAGCGUGAGUUUCAUCUAGUGAGAGAAUUAAAACAAUCUAUUGGCCAGUGAGAUGUUUAUUGUCCUUCUUGCUCUGCAUUUUGAGUUGUUCUAUGAUCACUUUUGAAUGAGCAGUUUCCUCUUAAUACAAUUUGGUACCUGACUAAAGACUACCAAGUUAUAAUUUAAAUUUGUAAUUAAUGCUAUCAUCUUACAAUAAAGUGACAGUUGAAACAA